CACAUAUUCUGUAUUCAGUCGGGUACAACCAAACCAAUGCCCGUCGUCUCCUUUUAGUUUUGCUGUUAUACUUGAACAGAUAAACAUUAAAACUUUUAUUCUGCCACAUUGAGAGCAGCCACACUGCUUGAUUGUGAAAUUGUAAUAGUUUGAUUUUAUUUUGUUAUAUAUUCAUUCUGCUCUGUUCGGUUGAGAUUCGAUAUUCCUGUUUCGCUUUCUCUCCUGUGUGUAUUCUCGACGGUGUUUUGAUGUUUGUCGAAAAGAAUUAUUGAAUGAUACGCGCAUUUCUCUUCAAGUGUUGAUGCUGUCACCGUUUCUUUUCCACAUAUUAUACUAUUGACAAAAAAUAGUGCGUUCUUCGAAACCGAAAAGCUGAAAUAUAACGCGAAAAUAUAAAUAAUUCUAGUUCAAGUCCGAACCGAUUGAAGAGCCAAACCCCAUAAAGUCCAAUUGGCCAAACUAAAACAAUAGAGACAAAUCGAAAGAGAACUUAAAAGAAGAAAAAAAAAACGCAACAUCACUGUGUAUGUGUAUGAAUUGUUAUAAUUCAGAAUUGUAUUGUACAUUCGCAUGCACUGUUUUCAUCAAAUUGACAGACGGCGUUUUGUAUUCAAUCGUAAAUUCAGUUGCAAAUGGAAACGAACAAAAUUUUAUGCUGAAAAUCGUGAAUACCGCAACAAAAAAUCGGAUAAAAGUGUAACAAAUCGAUUCGGCGUCAAGUGUAAAGUAGUAGAUCAUAGACGGAAUAAAAGGAUUGUGUAUUGUCUGUACUGUAAGACUUCUUCACUUGCGAUACCAUCAAACUAGUUUGGCAUUUCGGCAAUAUAUUUCAUGCUGAAUGUUGAAUGGUUCGCUUGAACAAUUGAUAAUUCUGAGAAUCAAGUACGAAAUAAUCGCACAGCUAAAAAUCACAUACGAUCGCAAAUCAGCGUAUAAGUGUGUGUGUGAGAGAGUUUCAACGCCUGAUCUUAUCGAACCAACAUGGAUUUGGUUAUAAAGAAUGACAGCAAUGCAUUGAAUUUCUUUCCAAAUUAUCAACAAAUUGGUGCUAUAGCUUCGAAUUUCAUUCAGGACAAUAUCAACUAUGUGAAAUUGAAUCCAGCAGACUCAUAUCAAAAUCGGCACAUAGCGGCCGCGGCUGCAGCUGCUGCUGCUGCAUCAGCGGCAAGCAUUGUACCAACAUCGGUUUUACCGAACAGUGUUGCACAUCAUCAACAUCAUCAUCAUCAUCAGCAGCAGCAGCAACAGCAGCAACAACAACAACAACAGCCACAACACCCACCACCGAAUAUAGUUGGCGGUACAACAACAAAUGUGAUUACAGUGGCCCAGCAGCACAAAUGCACCAUUUGCGAUAAAACGUUUGUCGAUGACAAUCGUCUGAUGAUCCACAUGAAACGACAUUCCGACAAAAAACCAACAUCAUUCGAAUGUACAAUUUGCUUCAAGACAUUCAGUCAACAGGGCAAUUUGAAGACACACUAUCGCAUUCAUACGAACGAGAAGCCGUUUCAAUGUGACAUAUGUACCAAGGAUUUUCGACAAUUGAGCGGUCUCAAAGCCCAUCAACGCACUCAUCUCGAUUUUCGGCCAUUUCGUUGCACAACAUGUACACAGGAAUUCCAUCAAUCGAGCGCAUUGCGUGCGCAUAAAUGUCCAAACAAAGUCGAACCAACGACAUCCCAUUUGGAUGGAAAUGGUGGUGUACAGGAUUUAAUGGCCUAUAAAAUGCUUCAACGCUUGCCGGGCGGUGAAAAAGUAUUGAAAAAAUCAAAAUCAAAACGGCAACAAAUCGAUGAACAAAAUCCAAAUCGUGUUGUUAAAAUUGAAUACAAUCCAGAAGAUGGUAAUUUAUCAUUCAAUUGCGAUCGAUGCAGUCGAAAAUUUAAGCGACGUGAUCAUUUGGAUAUUCAUAUGUUGAUUCAUACGAAUACGGCACAAUUCUUUGAAUGCACAAUGUGCGACAAAAAAUUUGUUCAAUUAGGCAAUUUAAAAACCCAUUUGCGCGUUCAUUCGGGCGAAAAACCAUACCAAUGCUCGUAUUCGUAUUGUGAAAAAGGUUUCCGCCAAUUGAGCGGUCUUAUAACACACGAACGGAUCCACAGCGAUGAAAAACCAUUUCAAUGCAAUGCAUGUGAUAGAAGAUUCAGACAGCUGAGCGGUCUCAAUUCGCACAUAUCGCACUGCAAACAACUUUUGAAAAAUUUCUAAGCGUCAGGAUGCUUGUCUUUUUUUUCGUAGCUAGUAAGCUAGCAUUCUAUGUUUAUAUGGCAUACUAAAAUCAUAUAAUAUAAUAAAAUGAUUCAAAUCCAAUCAAAAAAGAAAGAAAAUACCCAAUUGAAUAUCAUACGCAAAAAGGUUGGAAUUAUUUUUAAAGCUAAUUGAUGAAAUGGAAUACAGGAAUACCGGUGACCGAUGCGGAAUAUUUGAAUUAAAUUCAUGUCAUUUUGCAAUUAUAUGUAGAAAAAGUGCUAUUAGAGUGAAUGCCCAUACCAAUAAUAUAAAUUAAGAAUAAUGAAAGCAGUCAACAAAAAUAAAGAAAAAAUUAGCAAAGAAAAUGUCAAUGAAUCGUUCGCCAAUCUAUACUAAAUGGAUGUUUUCUUCCAAACACGCAAUUGAAAGUUGAAAAAAAGCGCGAACGAAAAUAUUUUUUACUUUAUUUCUAUGCAAAUGACAUUUACAUCAUUUUAUAAGUUGUUAGCAAUUAAAAGAAACACAAUAAUUAUAACAAAUAUUAAGUUAUAUUGGAAUUGAAAUUGUGCAAAUCAGGAAAAACAAACCUGGAAAAAAAUAAACUCACAAUUGAAGUUCGAUGCAAAACGAUAAAAGAGACAGAAACUAAUCAUCAAAUAAAAUGAAGCACAUCUGAAAGUGAUAUACACAUUUAUUUUAUACAUUUUUUUUUGUUCUCAGUUUCAUGGGAUCCAUACAUUUUUUUUCUACUUUCAUAAUCGUCGUCUUUGUCUUCAUAUAUACUGACCUUACAAUACUCGAUGAUAGAAAACUUGAAGAGUGCUAGCGCUCAUUUUCUUCGACAAACAUUUUUCACUCAAAAUAAUCAAACAUCUUAUUUGCAUAAAGAAAAAGAAAAGUUGUCAUUCAUUUUAUAAAAACAAGCGGUUGAACUAAUUGAGACUAUGAACUUUAGUAGAAAUCGGCCAUAUUAUGUAAUGGCUGAAAGGGACACAGCAAAUAUUGCUCAAAAUGGGAGCAAUUGAAGAAACUAUCGUACUUCCGUCAAUGAAAAAAACAUUUUAAAAGAAAAAUAUCUGUUCUUCCGCGCGUCCUUGGAUUGCAGAGUACUUAAAGCAAUCUAGUAUACUUGAAAUCGGCCUGGAAUUGCAUCGAUAUGUACAAAUAAUUGAAUUUUAUUCAAAUUUCAUAAUUUGUGCGACCAAACAUCCGAUUAUGUCAAUCAAAUGUACAAUGAAGAACAUGAAAUUGAAUGAAGAUGAAAUCCAAUUUACAUUUAUUCGAGUCGAAAAAAAUGGAGAACAUAUUCACGAUAUGAUCAUAAAUGGUAUAGAAUGCUCUAGUUUAAACUUUUUACUAUUUCUUUAAAAUAUAUAUAUACUAAAUAUACAUAUAACAUGAACUAUAUGACAUAGGUGCCAGCAACAGCAAAAGUGAUUAACAUGAAUACAUUUUCAUUUUAAAAUGUGUCAUCGGAAAAAAAGGAAAAAGAGAAACAAUAUGCCUACUCAACCAACGCAUAGCUAGUAUCGGCUAAAUAAUGUUGUACAAAUUCGAGAUAAAUAAAUUCUAGACUUUCGAUGAAAACUUAGAUAAAAAGAAACGUAUGUUUGCGUGCGUUUGAGAUAGAAAGAAAGAAAGAACAAAAAGUGGAAGCGAGUAGAGUAAUUUUACGAUCGAAAACCAUUAACACAUUUUGCACCUAAUAUUCACAUAUAUGCAUAUAUAUUUUAAACAAAAAUAUGUAGGGUGUGUUAUAUUCGCAAUACGAUGUUGAAAAAAAAACACUAACAAAACCUGUAGAAUAUUCCAUGUGAAAUUAAAAAAAAAAAAUCACAACCACAACAUUUCAUAAGCAUUGAAUUUUCACAAGAUGCUAUGAUAGCAAUUGUACGUCGGCUAUAGCACGUAAGCAAGCAAAAGCGACGACAUCAUACCGGAAGUCAAAUUCAAAUGCCAUAAAUUUUAUAAGAAUCAAAUUGAGCGAAAAACAUUUUAAAUUUCAAUAGAUGGAUGCAAACAUCCAACUAAAACACACACUCACACACUCACAGAGCAAAUCGAAUCAAAUCGAACGCAUCGAUAAAAACCAAUUUCAGCCAUCGUUGAACAACAGUAACAACAACAUCUUUGCAUCUUAUACAAAUCUAAAACUGAACUAUAAAAGCUAUUUUAAUUUUAAACAAAACUAUAAGCAUAAGUGUUCUAAUAAAAAUGAGAUCUUAAAUUACAUUACA